ACUGUGGGCGCGGCUCUUGAUCUUCUUUUCAGUCACACCCACACCCUCUUUUCGAAAAUAUAAAUUGUUUUGAUCAUAAUGUAAGAAUUGGCUUAAUCGAUAUUGAGUGAUCUGAUGCAAAGGAAAAGGCAGUGUUUCCUUUCUCAAAAUGAACAUUGUACUUGUCUCGUUAUAAAUAUCUCGAUAUAUUAUUCACGUGUGGAACUAAAGAUUACGGAAAGAAUUAUCGAAUGGUGAUUUUAUUGAACAAUCAUGGUUUGAUACCAUGCUCAUUCGAUGUUAUUUCUAAUUCAGCUGACCCAUAAUGAGUUGUUUAAUUUCGAGUUCAAAUAAAAUUCUCAUAUGUAGAGUACCUGAAUCAUUACCUGCUCGUAUAUUAGAUACAAUUUCAUUAUAGAAUACACGAUUGAGUGAAAACUGUUCAUAUUUUCGCAUUUUUACAUUUGUUGUAAUAUAUAAUAAUUAUAUUUAUGAUUUAUUCGAUGAUGACAUUCUCAAUGAAUAAGACGAUUCAUAACAAAAGAGAAAAUAAACAAAUAUUAAGAUCGAAUCCACAACCAUUCACAAUGUUCUAGCAAUGUAUCUUGUUCGAUUUCAUAAUGAUAUUCCACUAGAUCAUUUGUAUGUUAAGGAUUUAUUUGCUAUAAUAUAGAAAUUAGGAUUCAUUCUUCUAUUUUAUUGUUUAAAGAAUAAAGACUAAACAAUAUACUACAAUUCAAUUAUGAUUAACUAAAAUUAUAUGGACGAAUAAUCUUUGUUUAUAACACGACUACUCUACGAAUGAAAUUGAAUCAAACAAAAAAUACGAGUUUAUGUUAAAAUUUAAAAAAUAAUUCUAAUGUUUUUUCUUUUCAGAGAACCAAACGAAAUAAAACUAUUUUUAAGUUGGUGCUGAUGCCCAUGAAACAUUAUCAUCAGGAUGUGGGUGUGGGUGUGGGUAUGGGGUGUGGGCGUGGGUGUGGGGAGUAGGUGUGUGGUGUGGGUGUGGGCGUGGGUGUGGGUGUGAAUGUGAGUGUGGGCAUGGGCGUGGGUGUGGGUGUGGGCUGUGACUGUGAAUGUGUGGGUGGAUGUGGGUCGUGAAUUUUCUUUCUAUCCUCAACCACACCCACACCCCCACAGCCUCAUCCACACCCACCCACCCACAGCCACAUCGACACCCACCCUUGAUCGAUUUUCUCAUGAACUUUGACCUCCAAUUCACACUUUAGCAUCGACACUACUAGUGCUCCUUCAUUUGUAAUUUCAUUGGAUCAUAAGAUAUUGGGUGUGGGUGGAGGCGCUGCUAUCUUUUUUGCCUGACACCCGCACCCUAGACAACAUUAUGAUUAAAGUAACAAUAGCAAAAUUCAUUGGUUUUUAUCCAAUGGCAUGAACAACAUUAGCUGCAUUAGAUUCACUUAUUGAUCCAUCGAUUGGUAUUGCACUUGCUUCUUUUCUUACAUUUACUAAUUCAAUUCCAAUUGCGAUUAUUGUUGAAGCAAUUGUUGGACUUUUUGCAAAAAAGUUAUCCUAAAUAUUAUCGACAAAGAAUUAAUCAACAACAAUGGCAAAAUUAUCAUUCGAAUGCAAAACAAUUUACUUAUGAUUUUAUAGAUUUUUUUCAAAAACAAUAUCAAUCUUUUAGAAAAUAACAAAAACGGUUUAUUUUAAAAUUAAUAUAAGAGAAUCAACUGAUGGUAUCAUAUGAUUUUUGUACUUAGUACAAAAGAAUCGAAAUCACGAACAAGAGAAGAACAAGAACAAGUUUCAAUGGAUUUAUAUAAUUUAUUAUCAGUUAGUCGAACAGCACCAGAUAAAGAAAUAAAAUGUGCUUAUUUAAUUAAACCAAAAGAUCUUCAUUCAGAUCGAAAUCCAAGUGAUAAUAAAGCUGAAGAUUUAUUUAAAAAAGUAAAUCAAACAUAUGCUAUUCUAUCGGACAAAUACAAAAGAGAACAAUAUGAUAAAUAUGGUUAUGAGAGUGUUAAAUAUACUUAG